AAACGAGUAAAAAUAAUUUAAAUCAAUUCCACGGGCGGAGAGAGAUGACGGAGGUGGCGAUGAGCAGCAGCAACGGCGGCACGGAGCUGAGCCCGGAAGAAGAGAGGGUUCUCAUCAGAGACAUUGCUAUCGCCGCUGAAGCUAACAGCAAAGAAGGCGAUACCUUCUAUCUCAUCACUCAAAAAUGGUGGCAAUACUGGAUUAGUUAUGUGAACCAAGACCAGCAAAACAAUGGCAAUGAUGGAUCCUCCAUAUCAGCAAAUUCCGAUUCUCCUGGUUCAAGUGCAUUUAAGAGGCCUGGAGGUAUUGAUAAUUCUGAUUUGGUAUCUGAUGCAGCACUAGGAGACGCCAGUAUUGGCAUUGAGAUUCAUGACUCCCUACUAGAAGGUCGUGAUUAUGUAUUGCUCCCGCAAGAAGUUUGGAGCCAAUUAUACUCAUGGUAUGGUGGUGGUCCAACAUUGGAACGAAAAGUGAUAAGCUCAGGGUUAUCUAAGACAGAGUUGACAGUGGAGGUUUACCCUUUGCGCCUUCAACUACUUGUGGUGCCAAAAGGUGACCGUUCUACCAUAAGAAUAAGCAAGAAGGAAACUAUUGGUGAGCUUCAUCGAAGAGUGUGCGAGAUUUUUUAUCUUAAUUCGGAGCAAGUAUGCAUUUGGGAUUACGAUGGUCAUCACAAACAUGCAUUAAUGAAUGACUUGGACAAAACACUUGAUGAUGCUGGCCUACAGACAGAUCAAGAUAUUCUGGUGGACCUUAACAGUGUAAAUGGUACUGCAUUAGGUCAUUCAAUUAAGGGAACUGGAUAUGCAGAUAAAGGAGCUACUUCUCUUCUUCUAGAGCCUUCUAAGUCAAGCUUAUCAAUUGCAGGAGGUUUGUCUGCGUCCAAGAGUGCUUCUAGAAGUUGCAGCACAGAGCCGUCAAAUAAUGAGAACUUGAUGUCUCCAGGUAGAGAGUUGGAUAACACAAAUGGGAGUGUUGGUGUCACUACAAGGGGAGCUACUUGUGGUCUAAAUGGGCUGGUUAAUCUUGGGAAUACAUGUUUCAUGAAUAGUGCCAUACAAUGCCUUGUUCAUACACCAGAAUUUGCCAGAUACUUUCAAGAAGACUAUCAUCAAGAGAUAAAUCGGCAAAAUCCAUUGGGCAUGGUUGGUGAGCUAGCUUUAGCAUUUGGUGACUUGCUCAGAAGGCUGUGGGCACCUGGACGAAUACCAAUCUCUCCUCGUUCCUUUAAAAUUAAGCUUGCUCGUUUUGCUCCUCAAUUUAGUGGAAACAAUCAGCACGAUUCUCAGGAACUUUUAGCAUUUCUGCUUGAUGGUCUUCAUGAAGAUCUUAAUCGUGUUAAACAGAAACCCUACAUAAACUCUAGAGAUGCUGAUGGCCGUCCAGAUGAAGAAGUUGCAGAUGAGUACUGGGCAAAUCAUAUCGCUCGUAAUAAUUCCAUAAUUGUUGAUGUGUGCCAAGGACAAUACAAGUCAACUUUGGUUUGUCCAGUGUGUAAUAAAGUGUCUGUAACAUUUGAUCCCUUCAUGUACCUCUCCUUGCCACUUCAGUCUACAACAACUCGGACCAUUACCAUAACAGUUUUUACUUGUGAUGGAAGUGCAUUGCCAUCUACUUGCACUGUGACUGUUCCAAAGCAGGGCCGUUGCAGGGACUUGAUCCAAGCACUUAGCAAUAUUUGUUCACUGAAGCAGAGUGAGGAGAUUAGGCUUGCUGAGAUACGAAACCAUUUGAUUCAAAGGUUUCUGGAAGAUCCUUUGAUAUCAUUAUCCACAAUCAAAGAUGAUGAUCGCCUUGCUGCCUACAAGAUGCAAAAGUCAGCAAAGAGCAAUAUAUUGCUUCGGUUGAUACACCGACGUCAAGAACAGGAAAGUAGUGACGCACAACGAUGGAAACCUUUUGGAGCACCUUUUGUUUCAUCAAUCUUAUGUGAAGAUGGAUUCACAGUGGCCAAUAUACAGAAAAUAGUUCAGUCAAUGAUUACCCCUUUGCUGAAAAAGGAAGGCUUUGAGGGUUCUGAUAAUUGGGAUGCUAGUAUCUCAGUGGCAGCAGCAAAACCAUGUGAUGAUAAUUCUAUCAAAGCACCUAUGGAAUGCACUUCAAACUCAAUGAAUAAGGAUGCUAACCGUUCCAAGGUUGUGACAUCCCAGAAGCUCCCUCUUCAGCUGAUUGAUGAAAAUAAUGCAUGCAUUGACCUGUCUAUGGAAGAGGAGAAAACUAUUGAACUGUCAUCUUCAUCAACAUCUUUAUUGGUGUAUCUUGAUUGGCGACCUGAGCUUCUGGAGAAGUACAAUACACAUUACUUGGAGAACUUGCCAGAGGUGUUUAAAUAUGGUCCUGUAGUCAAGAAAGCUCGUAAUGAACCUCUCUCCUUGUACACUUGCCUGGAAGCUUUUCUACGUGAAGAGCCACUGGUGCCAGAAGAUAUGUGGUACUGUCCACAAUGCAAAGAACAAAGGCAAGCAAGUAAGAAGCUUGAUCUAUGGAGGCUUCCAGAGGUCCUAGUUAUUCAUCUAAAAAGAUUCUCAUACAGCAGGUCAAUGAAACAUAAACUGGAAACGUUUGUCAACUUUCCUAUUCAUGACCUGGACCUAAGAAAUUAUGUGGUGGACAAAAGAAGUUCCAGGCGUCAGCUGUAUGAACUCUAUGCCUUGAUCAACCAUUAUGGUAGCAUGGGCAGUGGGCACUAUACUGCACAUAUCAAGCUUCUAGAUGAGAAUAAGUGGUACAAUUUUGAUGACAACCACAUUUCACUCAUAAAUGAUGAAGAUGUGAAGUCAUCUGCUGCAUAUGUCCUCUUCUACCGGAGGGUAAAAUCUGAUGCUUCAAGUAGCGAUGCUGCUUAGUCUAGUGCAGGUCAUUGUACCAUUCAUUCUGAACAUUGAAGUCUUAGGAUAUUAAUUCAACAGCACAUAUAUUCAAUCUCCAGGUGCGGGCAUCAACUUUUUGCUCUACGCAUGAUGUUCAUUAGCAACUAGGCCUGAAUAGUUCUUUUCCAAUUUUUCUUUUGAAAAUGAUGUGGCAACUUGCAAUGUAUGCUACGUCAACCAAUCAAAUUCUAGAAUGGAGAGCAUUUUGUGCUGAGUCUAUAACAGUAGUUCAAUGGCACCUGUUUGUAGUGGUAUCAUACAGAGCAUACAAUUUCAUUGAACAUUUCUUUACAGUACUGUUUUCAUUUAGAAUAGCUAGAAGAUGACCUGACAUGGUCAUUUACCCUGCUGUAUCAUCCUAACUGGAGAACCGUAAACAUUAUUUUACCUUUACAGCUAUAGGAAAUUACCAUAUGGGGUGUUGACAUAGCACAUAUGAUCUAGAAAAAUAAUUUAUGGCACGAUUA